AUGGCCCGACCUGCGGAUGUGGUUAUCGUCUCAGAUGAUGAUGCUACCGAAUCCUCCGAGUCGACACCCGAGUCCGUCGCCGCAACCUCCGUUUCCACUGAAGUGAAGCCGUCGAGGAAGCGCAAGUCGCAAACAAAGGUUUCUACCAGGGUUACGUGGAGCGAUGACUCAAGUGAUGCCGAUGGCGGGCCCAAGAAACGAAGAAAGAGAGAUAGCAAGAAAUUGUCCGCGUCCACAAGAGGCAGGGGGAAGAAGGGUCGGGGUCGACUUCCUAAGGGUGUUAAACUGAGAAGCACAGAGCCUCGCUAUAAUGAUGAUAGCGAAUCCUACUCAGACUCCGAUCUUCUUGAAGACGCGCUCCCUCAAUACAUCCGAGAUCGCCGCUUGCAAUUUGACCGGAAUCGUGAAACCUUGCGUGAAAAAGGUCUGCGAUUGCCUCCAGACUAUUCGGGUGUUUACUUUUCGGACGACGAGCGACUCGCGGACCUGGAAGAGAAGCCACAAUUUGACGAGAAGAGCGGCAUCAAGCCGUGCCGCGCCUAUAAGGACAUCGUGCUAGAACAUUCAGCUGGUAUUAUCCCGGCUUCCAUCGCUCAGUAUCUCCGCGAUUACCAGGUUGACGGAGUCAGGUUCCUUCACGAUCUAUUCGUGCACCAGAAGGGCGGCAUCCUCGGCGACGAUAUGGGGCUCGGCAAGACAGUUCAAGUAGUCGCUUUUCUCACAGCUGUGUUCGGUAAGACUGGCGACCGUCGCGAUGCCAAGAGAAUGAGGAAGUUCCGGCGGGCUAAUGAUGACUGGUACCCGCGUGCCUUGAUCAUCUGCCCGGGCUCGUUAAUCCAAAACUGGAGGAACGAACUCGACAGAUGGGGAUGGUGGGAAGCCGAUUUGUACCACGGCGCGGGCAAAGACGACGUCCUCGAUACCGCCCGUGCCGGAAGGCUCGAGGUCAUGAUCACCACCUAUGCCACGUACAAGAAGGGCCACGAUCAGGUUAACAGGGUGCCUUGGGAUGUUGUCGUGGCUGACGAAUGCCACUCCAUCAAAGCCAUCACUGCCGAAGUCACGAAAGCAAUGAACCAGGUCAACGCGCUCUGCAGGAUCGGCUUGACCGGGACGGCGAUCCAGAACAAGUACGAGGAACUCUGGGCCCUGCUGAACUGGACCAACCCCGGGAAGUUCGGCACCAUCGCAGAGUGGAAGAAUACGAUUUGCAAGCCGUUGACCAUCGGACAAUCACACGACGCGACGAUACAUCAACUAAGCGAGGCUCGCAAGACGGCGAAGAAGCUGCGCUUCAAUCUGCUCCCACGCUUCUUCCUGCGCCGGAUGAAGAGCCUCAUCGCGCACCAGCUCCCUAAGAAGACCGACAAGGUCGUCUUUUGCCCACUUUCCGACCUCCAGAGGGAGGCUUACGAAAACGUUCUCGGAAGCGACAUCGUCAAUUUCGUCCGGUCCGCCUUCGAUUCCUGCUCGUGCGGCUCGGGGAAGACCCGAGGACGGUGUUGUUUCCAAGUUACUCCGGACGGGGAAUCGUGGAAGUCAAUGGUGUUCCCGAUCGUCAAUUCAUUGCAAAAGCUAUCGAACCAUCUCAACCUCAUCAUCCCGCAGACUUCCGAUGUCCUAGAUAAACAUAAACGCGAGCUCCGAUUCCUGCAAGUGGCCAUGCCACAUAACUGGGCGACGCAUUACAAUAGUAGGGACUCGCUAAUGAGCCUAGCUAACCCAGAGUAUUGUGGGAAGUGGAAAGUUCUCAAGAAGCUUCUGAAAUUCUGGCACACCAAUGGCGACAAAGUCCUAGUCUUCUCGCAUAGCGUUCGGCUGCUGCGAAUCCUACAGCAUCUAUUCAGCAACACGAGCUACAGCGUAAGCUAUCUCGAUGGGUCUCUGUCCUACGAGGAGCGGCAGCAAGUGGUCGACGAUUUCAACUCGGACCCUGGCCAAUUUGUGUUUCUGAUUUCCACCAAAGCCGGCGGCGUUGGGCUCAACAUCACCUCGGCCAACAAGGUCGUUAUCAUGGACCCUCAUUGGAAUCCAUCAUAUGAUCUCCAGGCGCAGGACCGCGCUUAUCGUAUAGGCCAAGUCCGCGACGUCGACGUCUAUCGUUUCGUCUCCACGGGCACCAUCGAGGAGAUCACCUACGCACGACAGAUCUACAAGCAGCAGCAAGCGAACAUCGGAUACAAUGCCUCCAACGAACGCCGCUAUUUCAAAGGAGUGCAGCAGGACGCCGACCGAAAAGGAGAGAUAUUCGGUAUCAGAAACCUGCUAACGUACCACGGCGACCAAGUCAUCCUCCGGGACAUCGUCAACAAGACGAACAUCGCCGAGGCCAAGGCGGGCGUCAAAUUGAUAGACAUCGAUAUGGAUAAGGCGGCGAAGGACGCCGAAGAGGAGCAGCAGUUCGUCAAGAAGGAGGGCAAAGCCGACGACGACGAGACGGGCGGCCUGAAGCAGCUGGCAGCGUUGAUCACUAAGGACGACGACAAGGACGUCGUGCUGAGUAGGCCGACCGCGGCUGAGCAGAAGCCGAAGCAUUUCGACCCGAUCCAGGCGAUCCUGGCCUCGGAGGGCGUCGAAUACACGCACGAGAACUCGGAGGUAGUCGGCACAUCGAAGGUGGAGGACGAGCUGUCGCGGCAAGCGCAGAUGGCGACGAGCCAGGACGCGGACCCGUCGGCGCUCGCGCUCUUCUUCGACAGUCAGGGCAGUGGCGCUGCGGCGGGCCGGGUGGCGUUCGAGUACGAGUACAACCCGCCGGCGGAGGUGCGGCAGCGGCAGUUCUGCACGAUGGCCGCGACCUUCGGGUUCCCGAGCGCGACCGAGUUCGCGCUGGCAGUCGAGAGCAUGACCCAGGAGGAGCGGCGGAACUACCUUGACCUGUUCUACAGACGGCGCGCCGAGGUGCUUAAGAGCGGCAGCGGCGACGGCGGAUGUCAGAGCGAGCCGGCGGAGGACCCCGAGAGGACCGAUGACAGCACCGAGGGAGAGACCCCAGCUCCUGAUGACGUGGGAACAGGGGAGGGGGAGGAGGAGGACGACGACGACGACGAGGAAGAGGAAGAGGAGGGGGUGAAGGUUGAGGAAGAGGAAGUUACGGAGGACGAAGAGGUUCAGACGGGAGACACCAAACCCGACCCGCGAGCUAUCCAGCGAAAGGUCGAAGGCGUCUCUCCUAACGAUGCGACAGCCAGCCAGAGGGGGGCAGGUGUGCCCACGAAGCCGCAGAAGGCGUCCUUGUCUAUCUGGGUCUCGGACGACGAGGAAACGGACGAGCUUUGA